AUGAGAGCACGGAGACAACUACAAAUUACUCGACGGACGUACGAUUUUGACAGCACUCUUUGUAAAACGGUCGGUGAUAGAGUUCUGUGUGGAUAUAAUAAGAAUGUGGGUACACCUGAGAGUUUAGUCGACGACACAACGGUGUCACUGCCUGGUGGAUGCAGGAUCAGAAAAGGAAGAGUUGAGUGCGGGUAUCGUUUGAUUAUUGUGUUAAAAUCUAAUGCUGUACUGAUUGUGUUGUGUUCUGGGUUUUUAUAUACUUUUGCUUCUGGUUCCCAGGUUACUUUCCUAAUUGUGGCAGUGCUGUGGUCAGAAUCCAACGGAACACCAUUAUUCCAAGGCAUAAGUUUCCAAAGAGGUUUCGAAAUUAAUUUCAAGCCGUUGCCGAGAAACCCAAUCAGUUUCAUAAAAGAAAAAUGGUCUCCAUUUGGAGUGUUUGGGAAGAAGCAUAUAAUACAGAAGAGGCAAGCUUUUGAUAAUCUUAUGGCGACGGGAGCUCAAGGACCUCCUGUUGUGCCCCUUUCUGUGGAACCAGUGCGUCCCGCGCCGGUGUACGAACGAAUUGAAGAUCCAGGACUUUUACAGACACCUUUUUUGGUGACGUUACCACAAUCAACUGUUAGGCCUGUAAUAGUAUCAUCCCCUCUACCUCCUCCAGUAUCGCCAAUAUUACCCCAAGCUUCUCCCAGACCUGUUUUAAUUCCCUCUUCAGUAUCAGUGCCGCCUAGUGUAAUCGUCACUCCGAUUCCUCCAGUUAUAAGUAGUGUGCCACCACCGGCAGGGAUCCAAGAAAUUAUUCAAAUACCUCCUAGAAGACCAAUAAACAGUGAUCUACCGCUACUGCGUCCACCUUUGCCUGCGAGAGAAGGUAUUCCUCCUAUUUCUACAAAUAUGAUUGUGCCCCCAUCAUCUGGACUCUUUACUGAUAUCAUGCGAGUUGUCCCAGUGGUGAGUGGAAAUUUAAAUUCCAUACAACCUAGUCUUGGUCCUCCUGUAGUUGAAGGAAAUGUGGGGAGACCUAUAGAAACAAAUUCUAUUCAACCAGAACCACCAAGAAAUGGUUUCUCAUUAAAUGACAGUUCACUGGUAAGAGCAUCCAGGGUAGCUUUAUAUUUUGGAAGUGUUUUCCUUCAACUUAUGUCGCAAUUUAUGACGAAUGCGCGAGCGACUUUCGAUCAAAUGAGUAGUCCUCCACCAGUUUACAAUAAUUAAUUUUAGUCGAAAGUUUUGAAGUUGAAGAAUACGUUAGAUUAAUCAAUGGUGACACGAUG